AGCCAAUUGGCGUUUACAACUCAGCUGGCCUACCGUACCGUAGGAAACCAUCGCCAUCAAACGGUUUUUCUUAGACGCGCGCGUCGAUCCCACUCGCCAAGUUGCGUGGGCUUGCCUCCGACCUCAAAAACGCCGCUUUGAUCAUGAUCAAGCACCAGUUCAACACUCUUCGCCCAGACCAUCUUCUCUCAUCGUCGUUGUUGUUGUCCUUGCAUACACCACUAUUCCACUUGAACAUGGCGCUCAAUGCUCUUUCACCAAUGUACGAGCUUAUGUCUGCCGGGAUCACCCCGGGUGACUUGGACUUCGAGCUGGACCCCGACUCGAAGGACACGAUGCAUGAGUUCGAAGUCGCAUGGAAGAAAUUCAUGAAAGAUCAUCCCGAGUUGGUGCCCGAGGGGAAGAGAGAGAAGAAUAUCAGGAACAUGCAGAAACUAGCAAAGGAGGUGCGAAAGACUCAAAUGGAGGCAGCCAACGAGCUCCUGACGCAACUGGGGUUCUUCGAAAAGAGUAUCGGAGUCAUGGAACAAGGCUUCGAGAAGGAGUUGAAUGAAGCUAGGAACAAACAGAGAGAAACACAUGAAAACCUCCAGAGACAACGGGAUAGUAUUGCAGUCGCGGAACAUCUUCUCUCCCAGGUGCUUCCUUGCGACAACUUUUUAUCUUCGUUGGAAAGGCUAGCCGAGAAGGCAAAAGAAGAGGAUGAUAGCGCCGCUCAUGAAGCGUCAAGCGCAGACAAUGACAAAAAGGUCAAACCGUCGUUAAAGGCUUUGUAUCUGGUGGAUAGUACCAUAGGUGAUAGCCGAGAUGUGCAACUUCGGGCGUACGGAAUCGAUCAUGCCUUGUUGAAUACUCAGGUAAAGAUGCUACAGAGGGAAGCAGAGGGAUACGAAAAGCUUUUGGAAACCCAGAAGCUGAUUGGCAACUUUCUGAACGGAUUAAAUUCCAGCAAUUCCAGUGCUGCUUCCAGAUCAGUGAGCACAAAAUCGAAACAAUCCGCUUGAUUUUAGUGUGUUCUUGCGCUCGAGUGAAUGUCCCCUUGCUUGGAAACCUGCAAUGAUGAAGUGCCUAUACCUACCUUAUAUGUGAUUGUCAAUCGACGGAUGGGACAGCCAACGAAGAAAGCAUGUUUCGUCUCCAGCGUACUAUCGUUGCAUAAAACGUACUCUGUUGCUACAGAGUUCUCUAUUCAUUAGGCCUGACAGGGCAGCCAAGCCUGAAACUUUAGCGCACCUUUCGGGCUUGGGCAUGCCGUCAGGGAAGCCCCAUGAAGGGUAGCGGUACGGUAGGCUUGGGCAUGGUCGGUAACCCCAUUGGGAUGCACAUCUUCACGUGCGACGUGCCGGUACUAAUAUCUAUCUAGCAGACUUGUUUCAUUG